CUCCCCGGACGCGCUGUACCGGCGACUAGACUGCGCAUGCGUGUCAGUGGCGUUAGCCGUGGACCCGGCUGGCAGUUCCUUCCUCGGAAGGAAAAAUUCCUCUGCCAUGGAGUCCUACGAUGUGAUCGCCAACCAGCCCGUUGUGAUCGACAACGGAUCCGGUGUGAUUAAAGCUGGUUUUGCUGGUGACCAGAUCCCCAAAUACUGCUUUCCAAACUAUGUGGGCAGACCUAAGCAUGUUCGUGUCAUGGCAGGAGCCCUUGAAGGUGACAUCUUCAUUGGCCCCAAAGCUGAGGAGCAUCGGGGGCUGCUGUCCAUCCGCUAUCCCAUGGAGCACGGCAUCGUCAAGGACUGGAAUGACAUGGAGCGCAUCUGGCAAUACGUCUAUUCUAAGGACCAGCUACAGACUUUCUCAGAGGAGCAUCCUGUGCUCCUGACUGAGGCACCCUUAAACCCACGGAAAAACCGGGAGCGAGCUGCUGAAGUUUUCUUCGAGACCUUCAACGUGCCAGCUCUUUUCAUCUCCAUGCAAGCUGUGCUUAGCCUUUAUGCCACAGGUCGAACCACAGGUGUGGUGCUUGAUUCUGGUGAUGGAGUCACCCACGCAGUGCCCAUUUACGAGGGCUUUGCCAUGCCUCACUCUAUCAUGCGCAUCGACAUCGCUGGCCGAGAUGUCUCUCGCUUCCUUCGCCUCUACUUGCGUAAGGAGGGCUAUGACUUCCACUCGUCCUCCGAGUUUGAGAUAGUCAAGGCCAUAAAGGAAAGAGCUUGCUACCUGUCCAUAAACCCUCAGAAAGAUGAGACACUAGAGACGGAGAAGGCGCAGUAUUACCUGCCAGACGGCAGCACCAUUGAGAUUGGCCCAUCCCGGUUCCGAGCUCCGGAGCUGCUGUUCAGGCCAGACUUGAUCGGUGAAGAGAGCGAGGGCAUCCACGAAGUCCUGGUGUUUGCCAUCCAGAAGUCCGACAUGGACUUGCGGCGCACACUUUUUUCCAACAUUGUCCUCUCAGGAGGUUCCACCCUGUUCAAAGGUUUUGGUGACAGGCUACUGAGUGAAGUGAAGAAAUUGGCUCCAAAAGAUGUGAAGAUCAGGAUAUCCGCACCCCAGGAGAGACUGUAUUCCACCUGGAUUGGAGGCUCUAUCCUUGCCUCCCUGGACACCUUUAAGAAGAUGUGGGUCUCCAAGAAGGAAUAUGAAGAAGACGGUGCCCGAUCCAUCCACAGGAAAACCUUCUAAUGUUGAGACAUCAUCUUCACCUCUCUCUGAAGUUAACUCCACUUUAAAACUCGCUUUCUUGAGUCGGAGUGUUUGCAGGGACUGCCUGUGUGUGUGAGUGCGUGUGUGGGUACGAGUGUGUAUGCGUGUGCAAGUGACAUGUGGCCCAGGGAUCCUGGGUCCAGAAAGGACGAGAACUACCCACGAUGGCAAUGGCCUAAGGCCUGGGGUUGACCACUAACUGGCUCCUGACAGGGAUGAACACUGGCAAAAGCCCUGCUUCUUCCUCAGCUGGGCUGUGUGGGACUCUGGUUACCACCACAGGAGGCCUGCUACUGCCCCGUCCUCCGCAGGGCUAGCCCCACCCCACCCCACCCCGGAGUGCCCCGAGGCCGGCCCUUGCUCCUCACUUUGCUCUCAAAGCCUCUGGAUCAUGGACUGAGAACUGGGACUGGGGUCAAGUUGUCUGUUUUUGUUGUAGCUUGGGUUUGGGAGACUGUAAAAGCACUCCAGCAGUGGUCACAGAGACUCUGGGGUCAAGAGAGAGCAGGGUGCCCUCAUGUCCACCUGGGGACCAGGGCCACACUGGGCAUUUGAGGAACUAGCUACAGAGUUAAUGUUGCAGGCACUGGCCACACCCAGGGGGUUUGGGGAGAGUAUAAGGGACCUGUUGGCUGCAGGUCUCGGUGUUUGCUUCUCAUCCGUCCUUGUUUCAAUGCCAUCUUAACAGUCUUAUUUAUUGAAGUGUUUGUUCCGUGAGGGGACUGCAGAGCAAGGCUCACUGCCUGCUGCCCACCAGUCAUUCUGCUCACAAUGUUUACAGCACCUAGGCUUAGUGUAGCAUCCAGGGCUCUGCCACUCCCUGCUGAUGGUAGACUGACAGCACCCAUAGACCUCAGGGCCUUUUGAGAUUGGAGGCCACACACGAAGCCUCUUCCUUUCUUCCUCCUCCAUUUGCUCACUGCCCUGGAACCAACACAUGGGUUGCUGGUCAGAUUUUCUGAAACAGAGGACCCCUUGUGAGAGAGGGCUGUUGAAGAUCCGGUCCCCUUAAUAUUGGAGAAAGCUACAGUUAACCAAGUUGCCUUUUGCUACUCUAGCUGACCAGGGGGACUAGGUUAAAGUGGCAGGCAUGUGCCAUUCUUGGCUUUGGACCUGUUUGGGAAGGGGCCAGACCAAAGUGCCAAGAGCUGGUGGGCUCAGGCCUGGCUCCUGGCAGCAGUCCAAGGGCCUUUAGGCCAGGUGGGGUAAAGCUGGGGUCAGUCUGUCUUCACUGACACCCUCACCUGUGAUGCGACACCAAGUCCCAGCCCAGUCCCAGAUUCCAGGCAGUAUUUUCUCCUCGCGCCAUCCUAUGACCAAAGGCCCCUGCCAGAUGUAGGCCGAAGCAGGUGUGUAUGAAAGCGGUGUGGCGACCAUGAACUGCAGUGCGCUUAACAAACUCACCUCCCUUCUCUUAGCCCAAGCCUCCCCUGCACAGCCGUGUUGCCGGGUGGGGCCCAGUGUACUUAAAUAAAGUCGUUCCAAUAGA